AUGAGCCCCACCUCCUCUUAUGAGUUCCAGCUCAAUCCGAACAAGUCGACAACCAGCCGCAUCCCAAAAUUAAUUGAGGAUGGAUCAAACUGGAUCCUGUACAAGGAGCAGUUCUGUGCGGCCGUCUACACAAAAGGAUUGGUGCAGUUCCUUGAAAACCACGACAAAGCUCCGGUCCCAACUACAGCUUCAGGCAUAGAUCCGGAUGCCGACAAAUGCUACGAGAGUGCGAAUGAUGUAUGGGUCCCGAAGCAUCAGUCCAUACGGACGAUGCUGUUCCAGACCUUGCCUGAAUCCCUCAAGCUUCGGAUUGCUUCCUUGCAGAAAGCCUCCGAAGCAUGGCAGGUCAUCGUAGAUGAAUACGACAACCAAGGGGAGUUUGUACAAGUCGAGUUGCUUCAACAAAUGCAUGCACUCUGGUGCGCGGAAGAUAGCGACCCUUGCCCAACUCUGAACCAACUCGAGAAGGUCAGGUCAGAGUACACGAUGGCUGGGGGUCAGCUCAGCGAUAUCGAAUAUAAGGCAAUUAUAUUGUCUUGCCUUCCUAUGUCGUAUUGGGGUGUUCUUCACCGCUGGAUGGGCCAUGCCUAUGCUCCCGCCCUCCAUGUGAUGGUGAAGAACAAUGUUGUCACUGGCCUCAAGCUUGAGGACACCGCCAUCCCCUUCUGUGAAACAUGCGCCAAGGCAAAGUAG